AAUCAAGAACAUGAGAGAUUUCACUCCAUCAGAGAAAAAAAAAAAAAGAAACAACCCGUUUUUUAUUUUAUUUUUUCGUUUAUUCUCUCUCUCUCUCUUUAGGCUUCUUUGCUUUUUUUUUUUUCCAUAUCUGAUACAUGUCUUUUUUAAAAAAGCUACGCCUGCAGCCAGAGAAGACAACCAGCCUAGAAGAUCGCCCUCAUUAUAGUCACCAUAGCAACAACAACAACAGUCUUUGCACUACCCAAAUUGAGUCUGACAGCGUAAUACAAGAUCCAACGAGACAACCACCCGCCGAAGCAGAAACAGAAGACAAAAGUACUACAACGACACAAGACGACAAGGAUAUCGAGUUAGGACAACAGGCGCAAGAGGAAGAGCAAGAAAAAGAGAAAAUGAGCCUCUUGGACAAUAACAUUUUUUGUGGAUUUCUAUUGAUUCUUGCAGGAUUUGCGAUCGCCUUUCAAGCAGGCUGUAAUGCCACCCUCAAUCGAUAUGGUGGUCGAUCGUUUUCUUCCGUCAUGUCCUUUAGCACAGGUGCCGUGUGUUGUUUGAUAUUUUUCGCAUUUGAUAUUGGUCUGGCAAAGACGCCGCUACCCAAUGAUCAUGUAAAAACUGCACCAUGGUAUGCUUGGUUAGGUGGUAUUUUGGGCGCCUAUUAUGUCGUGGUGAAUAUUUUGACGGUGCCGAGAUUAGGUACUGCUACUGUUUUAAGCACGUUUGUGAGUGCACAGAUCAUUAUGGCGUGUAUUAUCGAUCAUUUUGGAUUAGUAGGUGUCAUUCAACGAACCUAUACUGUUUGGAGAAUUCUAGCAUCGCUUGGAUUAGUAGGAUGUGUCGUUGUCAUUGCUCUCUUUUGAAAAUCAAAACCCACUAGAUACCAUUUUAUUUUUUUUCGGUGGGAUUUUUGAAAUCCCAUUCUUCAUCCCCCAUCCUUUUCAUUUGUAGAAUAGCCUAUCUUGUACCUUUAUUAUACUGAAAUCACUUUUUGUGUUGAAGAGAAAAAUUUUGUAUAAACUGAACAACCAAAGUGAACCACAUAGGAGGUAAUAGUAGUAGUAGUAGUAGUAGUCAUAGUAGAAGGAAGGAAGGGCGGGCAAUGACCUAGAGGGUAUUCGUUACCAUAUGC